AUGAAUCUACAGCGAUACAGCAAUGAGAUACCAUUUGAGCGGCAACGAGACGGAUUCACAGCGGUUCACUAUGCGGCCGAGAUCACUUCAGAGCAGCUUCAUUUUCCUGGGGAAGAUGCGAAACUGAUGAAUUUACUGAUAGACCAUGGAGGACAGGUUGACCUGCAGUCGCUGAGCAGCAACGAGACGGCGAUGCACAUGGCCGCUCGAUCAGGAAAUCAAGCUGUUCUGUUGGCAAUGGUGAACAAAAUCGGAGCUGGCACGGUGCAGAUUGUGCAGAAUAAACAGAGCAAGGCGGGCUUUCUUAACGGCUGGUCGCCGUUGCUAGAGGCGUGCUCCAGAGGUCACACCGGAGUGGCGCAACUUCUUCUGCAACACCACGCCCGAAUCGACGUCUUCGACGACAACGGAAGAACGGCACUUCAUCUUGCUGCCCUCAACGGUCAUCUACAGAUUGUGCACCUCCUGCUCCAGCACAAAGCGUUCGUGAACAGGUUCGCCCGGCCACAGAUUUCUUUCACAAGAAGAUAA